AUGGACAAUAAGGCUGGACCGUCUGGAAGUAAAUCUACGAGUAGUUCUAGAAAAAAGCGUCGGCAAAGUGAUGACUAUGAGUCUGACUAUAGUGAUGAGGAUGUGUAUUCUCAAAGAGCUGAUGAAGACUCUUCAAGUUCAGAGGACUCUUCUAGUUGCGGCAGUGAUGAUAGUAUCUUUGAUACUAGACUGAAGCAAAAGACGACCAGCCGUGUACCACCAGCUCAACCUUCAAGGUCAUCUGCCCCAAAGACGACAAGCCAUAUACCACUAGCUCAACCUUCAAGGUCACCUGCCUCAAAGACAGUCAGCUGUGUACCACCACCUCAACCUUCAAGUUCAUCUGCAUCAAAACGUGGUUUAUGUGAGUCAGAUGGAAGGGCUAUCAUUCAAUGUAAGCGAUUAAGACCUUCAUUUAGGGAUGGCCCCACGCGUAAUAAUUCUACUCAAUCGUUGAAGUUACCAGAUCUAAAUAGUUCCUCAGCAUCGAAGUCAGCGCCUCGACUACUGGAAUUUGAUGGAGACGGUAGCUUUGAAUUCAAUUCUGAAAUUGACUGCCGUCCUACAUCGCCGAAUAUCGUACAGGACUAUGGAGAUUUUUUGCCGGAUAUACCAAUUAACCCUACCAGUUCAACACCUAGCGUAUCUCUUCUGAGAUCCGAUGCGAUCACCCCCAACCUUUCGCCAGAACGUGAUGACGUCUCUCCAUCAAUUAUGGCUGUUCGGAGAUCUGGAAGUCGUACUCCAGACUUACCCGAUGAUUUUUAUCUAUCACCCAAUAACUCACCCUCUGGUCAAGGAGCCACUACCACCUGGAGCAGUGAUCCAAGCUCCAUGAAAAGCUUAGAGUUUACUAAGGAACAGGAACUCUUAGUGCCGCCUCCAACUGAUCCUUACGAAGCAUUCCGACUAAUGAUUGAUGACGAGUUGUUAGAUCUUAUAGUUCGCGAGACCAACGCGAACGCAAUAAGAGUCGGUAAUGCACAAAACGUCAAACAAAACUCCAGAAUAAAAUCUUGGAAAGAUUUAACAAAGGAAGAACUGCUGACAUUUUUAGGACUCCUUCUUCACACAGGAACAAUUCGACUAAACCGUUUAAGUGAUUAUUGGAAACGACACUAUUUGUUUAAUAUUCCAUGCUUCGGACAAUUCAUGUCACGAAAUCGUUUUUUACUUAUUUUACGAUGCCUACACUUUACGUCUGUAACCAGUGAAGAAGACCGUCUCAAUAAAAUCCGACCAUUCAUGGAUCAUUUUAACAAUAAAAUGAAAACUAUUUACUGUCCAGGUAAAGAGCUAUCAUUGGAUGAGUCCAUGGUAUUGUGGCGCGGUCGGUUGCUGUUCCGACAAUAUAUAAAAAACAAACGGCAUAAAUAUGGCAUUAAACUCUAUGUUUUAGCAGAACCAGAUGGUACGGUCUUGAAAUUUCAAGUUUACGCCGGUGCUAAUGAUGAGACAUCAGGGCAAGGACAUAGUAGUAAGAUUGUCUUCAAACUACUAGAAGAGAGACUGGACUGUGGCCAUCAUGUAUACAUGGAUAAUUAUUAUAAUUCUUAUGGCCUGGCUGUGAAAUUGCUAGAUCGACAGACAUACUGCACAGGAACGUUAAGAAAAAACAGGAAAGAUAAUCCCGUCGAAAUUGGCUCUGUUUCACUGGAAAAGGGAGAAAACAAAUCCUUGUUCUUGAACGGCGUUCAUGUCGGAAAAUGGAGGGAUAAGCGAUACGUUCUGUAUAUUUCUACAGAACACGGUAGUGAGAUGAUGGAGACUACUUCCAAAAGAGGAUCUAUAGUAGUGAAACCAAUGGCAAUCGUUCAUUACAAUAAUUUUAUGUCGGGUGUUGAUCUUCAAGAUCAGAUGUUGGCAUACUAUCCAGUCCAAAGGAAGACGCUGCGUUGGUACAAGAAGCUGUUUGUGCAUAUGCUGCAAAUGAGCCUUACUAAUGCAUUGCACUUGUACAAUACAUUUUCGGCGAAUGACAAAUUAAAUCUAUAUGAUUUCCGUAUGAAGAUACUGGAGAAGCUUUUACCUGAUCCUAAUGAUGUAAAUCGACGCAAUGUUUUGAAAGUGAAACACGAACUCACAAAAAUAGAAAAGACCCGGACGAGAGUUAAGACAGUAGGAAGAGUCACGAAACAAACUAUCGAAGUGGUCCGAAAAGAAUGCAAAGGUUGCAAAUCACAGAAAAAAAGGGUGCAAACAAUUUAUGAAUGUAAGCAAUGUGAAGGUUCUCCAGGUUUCUGUACAAAAUGUUUCUGCCUAGCACAUUCAUAAUUGUUUUCAUUAAAUUUUAUUGUUUUGUUACCUAUGUGGUUAAAAUUUUCAGAAUAUUUUUUAUUCCUUUGUACCUUUAUGUGAGUGACUCACCUUUAUUCUGUGACAAGUUUUCAAUUAAACUUAUAAUUAUUACGUA